AAGCAAGGAACAUUCCAAUCAGGCCUGGCCAAUGCUGUAUUCAAUUACCGCAACCGGUAAGGUACUUGACAGGCAGUGCUCGCUGUGGCGGCGCUAGCCAGUGAAUAUCUUUGCAGUUACGUAGGAGAAACGAAAGAGGCGGUGCCAUGCGGUGCAGCAAGGGAGUCCCGUUUGUUUGUUGCUGAAGCUUUGGGCUAGCUAUGACGCCCUAAUGUGGAGCUGGGACCAUGUUGUGCUGUCGAUAUAAGAAAGGGCCCUUCGCCUUGCCUUACCCUUUCCCUUCAUCCAACAUCAACCAAACAAUCACUUUCAUCAACUCAACCACUUCAGUCACUCACCCAAAACCCCACACAACCAAUACCAUCAACAUGCGUUUCUCCACCAUCGCCAUGAUCGCCGGUGCCGGCCUCGCCUCCGCCCAGGUUCAGUCUAUCCUCUCCUCGGUUGCCUCUUCUAUCGGCAGCCAGGUCUCCUCUGCUCUCCCCGGAGCCAGCGACGUCUCCUCCGUCCUCUCCUCCCUUGAGUCUUCGCUCGGCUCCCAGGUUUCCUCCGUUGCCAGCGUUGCCUCGUCCGCUGUCUCCUCCAUCGAGGGCGGUGCUUCCUCCGCUCUUGCUAGCAUCAGCUCCGAGGCUGCUACCGCUACUGGCUCUGCGGCUUCCUCCCUCUCCAGCGCCGGCGCGUCCCUUCGCUCUUCUGCUGCCUCCGCCGCCUCAUCUGCCCGCGCCUCUGCCUCCUCGGCUGCUGCCUCCACCGGUGCUGCUGCCCCCACCGCCGCUCCCGUCGCUAUGGGUGCUCUUGCUGGUGGUCUCUUCCUCGCUGCCGGUCUGUUGUAAGCGGCUCACCCUCUCGACUUUGAGUCGAUAACCAUCUCAAAAGUUCAACAAUGGCUCUUUCGAAUGGAUAAUACCAUGCUUUGUCUCAAUUCGA